CCGCGGUCAGUCGGUGUGAGUGUCGCGGCGGUGGAGGCUCCGCCGGAGGAAGGUUAGCCGUCAUCGAAGAGGAUUUAACCACAGAAAGAACAUUUAUUUUUUUCAACGAUGACUCGUCCGAUGUUUGCUUGAAGAAGAUUUAAGUCGCCUUGCUGAAUUUCCGCCGUUUUACCGCUUCUAAAAAUGGCGAACGAAUCCCCGGCCAAGAGCCUGGUGGACAUCGACCUGGCGGCGCUGCGGGACCCCGCCGGCAUCUUCGAGCUGGUGGAAGUGGUGGGGAAUGGCACCUAUGGACAAGUUUAUAAGGGUCGACAUGUCAAGACUGGACAACUGGCCGCCAUCAAGGUGAUGGACGUCACCGAGGACGAGGAGGAGGAGAUCAAGCUGGAGAUCAACAUGCUGAAGAAGUACUCACACCACAGGAACAUCGCCACCUACUACGGAGCCUUCAUCAAGAAGAGUCCACCGGGUCACGACGACCAGCUCUGGCUGGUGAUGGAGUUCUGUGGUGCAGGUUCCAUCACAGACCUGGUGAAGAACACCAAAGGCAACACCUUGAAGGAGGACUGGAUCGCUUACAUCUCCAGGGAGAUCCUCAGGGGCCUGGCACACCUGCACGCUCACCACGUCAUCCACCGCGACAUCAAGGGACAGAACGUGCUGCUGACAGAGAACGCUGAGGUCAAACUGGUGGACUUUGGCGUGAGUGCUCAGCUGGACAGAACAGUUGGUCGCAGGAACACCUUCAUCGGGACGCCAUAUUGGAUGGCUCCUGAGGUCAUCGCCUGUGAUGAAAACCCAGACGCCACCUACGACUACCGGAGUGAUCUCUGGUCCUGUGGAAUCACAGCCAUCGAGAUGGCAGAGGGAGCACCUCCGCUGUGUGACAUGCACCCCAUGAGGGCGCUCUUCCUCAUCCCCAGGAACCCUCCUCCUCGCCUCAAGUCCAAGAAAUGGUCCAAGAAGUUCUUCAGCUUCAUCGAGGGCUGCCUGGUGAAGAACUACACCCAACGGCCCCCCACGGAGCAGCUCCUCAAGCACCCCUUCAUCCGCGACCAGCCCAACGAGCGGCAGGUGCGCAUCCAGCUCAAGGACCACAUCGACCGCACCAAGAAGAAGCGCGGCGAGAAAGACGAGACCGAGUACGAGUACAGCGGCAGCGAGGAGGAGGAGGAGGAAGCAUCGGAGCAAGAAGGAGAGCCCAGCUCCAUCGUGAACGUGCCAGGUGAGUCCACGCUGCGUCGGGACUUCAUCCGCCUGCAGCAGGAGAACAAGGAGCGCUCGGAAGCUCUGCGCCGCCAGCAGCUCCUGCAGGAGCAGCAGCUGCGGGAGCAGGAGGAGUACAAGCGCCAACUACUGGCCGAGAGGCAGAAACGCAUCGAGCAGCAGAAAGAGCAGAGGAGGCGGCUGGAGGAGCAACAAAGGCGAGAGCGUGAGGCGAGGCGCCAGCAGGAGCGCGAGCAGCGGCGGCGUGAGCAGGAGGAGAAGCGGCGUGUGGAGGAGAUGGAGCGGCGCCGCAAGGAGGAGGAGGAGCGGCGGCGAGCGGAGGAGGAGAAGAGGCGGGCUGACAGAGAGCAGGAGUACAUCCGCCGGCAGCUGGAGGAGGAGCAGAGACACCUGGAGAUCCUGCAGCAGCAACUACUGCACGAACAGGCCAUGCUGCUGGCUGACGAGCGGUACCGGAAGAACAUCCAAGGUUCUCCUCAGGCGGCACAAAGCAAAGCGGUCCAGCCCCCGGUGCCGCCGCGCACCGAGUCGUCGUACCCCAACGGGAACACGGAGGCCAUGAGCCGGCCUGUGGAGGCCCAGGUCCCCGUCAGGACGACGUCCAGGUCGCCAGUGUUGCCGAGGCGGGACUCGCCCCGUCGCCAUGGCAACACGCCACGCGGCGGUCAAGCUGUGAAGCGCAACGCCGGCAGCAGUGCCGAGCCUCGGCUGCUGUGGGAGCGCGUGGAGAAGAUGGUUCCCGGCUCCGGCUCCGGCUCCGGCUCCGGCUCUGGCUCCGGCUCUGGCUCUGGCUCUGGCUCCGGCUCCGGCUCUGGCUCUUCCAGCAGCUCCUCCAGCAACUCCAGCACUCAGGCUGGUUCUCACUGUGGCUCCGGGGAUCGCUCGAGGGCCCGCACCUCCUCUAAGUCCGAGGGCACGGCCCCCCAGAGGGCGGACGGUGGCGUGAAGAAGGCGGAGGAGAGGAGGGAGGCGGUCAGGCCCAGCAGACCGGCGGACCUGACGGCGCUGGCCAAGGAGCUGCGGGCGGCGGAUGACGUGCGCCCCCCCAACAAGGUCACGGACUACUCGUCCUCCAGCGAGGACUCGGACACCACCGACGAAGACGACGACGAAGAGGUGGACCAGGAAGGAGGCGAGGAGUCCACUUCCGGCCCGGAGGACUCUCGAGCCGUGUCCUCCCGCCUGAGCAACGGCGAGACGGAGUCGGUGAAAACUAUGAUCGUGCACGACGAGGGGGAGGGCGAGCCGUGCAAGGACAGCACGCUGGUGGUGCGACAGAGCGCAGGGGAUGGCAAAAAGAGGGCGGGCCCCGCCCCCGCCCCGCAGAGCCCCCACCACCAUCUUCAUCACCCCCAUCACGCACACCAUCAUCAUCAUCAUCAGCCGGACAGGAACGGCUUUGUGGGCCGCAUCCACCUCCUCCCAGACCUGAUCCAGCAGAGCCAUCACUCCUCCUCCUCCCCCUCCCCCUCCUCCUCCGCCUCCACCUCGCCCUCCACCUCCAGCCUGGCCAGCCCCUGCAUGUCCCCCCACAGCCCCCUGGACAAGAUGGCCAUCUUCAUGGAGAGUCAGUCCAGUAACAACAUGCAGAAGCACAAGUCCUCGUCCUCCUUCACGCCGUUCAUCGACCCGCGCCUGCUGCAGGUCUCGCCCUCCGCCGGCAGCGCCCUCAACAACGUCGGCUACGCCAACGACCCGCGGCUGGCAGAGGCGCUGAGGGCCGACCCGUCCCGCAAAGGGUCCGUGGUCAACGUCAACCCGGUCAACACCCGACCACAGAGCGACACGCCCGAGAUCCGCAAAUACAAGAAGAGGUUCAACUCUGAGAUCCUUUGUGCCGCACUCUGGGGCGUGAACCUGCUGGUGGGAACAGAGAGCGGUCUGAUGUUGUUGGAUCGCAGCGGUCAAGGCAAAGUUUACCCGCUCAUCAGCCGACGACGCUUCCAGCAGAUGGACGUCCUGGAGGGACUCAACGUCCUGGUCACGAUAUCAGGCAAGAAGAACAAGCUGCGUGUGUACUACCUGUCCUGGCUGAGGAACAAGAUCCUGCACAACGACCCCGAGGUGGAGAAGAAGCAGGGCUGGACCACAGUAGGAGACCUGGAGGGAUGUGUGCACUACAACGUUGUGAAGUACGAGAGGAUCAAGUUCCUGGUGCUGGCCUUGAAGAACUCGGUGGAGGUUUAUGCCUGGGCUCCCAAACCCUAUCACAAGUUCAUGGCCUUCAAGUCUUUCGGGGACUUGGUGCACAAACCUCUGCUGGUGGACUUGACGGUGGAGGAGGGUCAGAGGUUAAAGGUCAUCUACGGCUCCUGCCUGGGCUUCCACGCCGUGGACGUGGACUCGGGGGCGGUCUACGACAUCUACCUGCCCACACACAUCCAAAACCACAUCCAGUCCCACGCCAUCAUCAUCCUGCCCAACACGGACGGCAUCGAGCUGCUGGUGUGCUACGAGGACGAGGGCGUCUACGUCAACACUUACGGGCGCAUCACUAAGGACGUGGUGCUGCAGUGGGGGGAGAUGCCCACCUCUGUGGCUUACAUCCGCUCCAACCAGAUCAUGGGCUGGGGAGAGAAGGCCAUCGAGAUCCGCUCGGUGGAGACGGGUCACCUGGACGGAGUCUUCAUGCACAAGCGAGCCCAGAGACUCAAGUUCUUGUGCGAGAGGAACGACAAGGUGUUCUUCGCCUCAGUGCGGUCUGGAGGCUCCAGCCAGGUGUACUUCAUGACUCUUGGCCGCAGUAACCUGCUCAGCUGGUAGACGCUCUUCCUCCUCCUCUUCCUCCUCCUCUUCCUCCAAGUCCCCCCCCCCCCACCCCCGACCCGGUCAACACUGGAUCUCAGAACCACGUCCCGGGCCGCCGAGAGAACCGCAGACCGGACUCCCACUUUGUGUCGGCAUGGCGACGAGGACGGCGGCGGCGACACGGGGCCACACGCGAGGCCGCCGGAGGAAACAGGAAGCCGAGGGAGGAAACAGGAAGUGGUUGAUUCCGGCGCUCCUGACUGACUUUUAGAACCCUCCUCACUCGCGGAGUCGACAUCGCUAAAUGUUCUCGUGUUGGGACGACGGCCAUCGUCAUGGCGAUAAUAAAAGUGGGCGGGGACUCUCCUGUCAGCGAUUGGACGAGAGGAAGUGAGACGACGUAGAAUUGUCGCGUUCUUGUUCCUCGCAUCGGCGUGAAAAUGUGCAGUUUCCUUUGUUUUCAUUCAUGUUAUUAUGAAUAUGAUUGGUGUUAUUAAUAUGAUUGUUUUCCACGCACACCAACCACGUCUUCACCGUCUGCUCGCCUCCACCCGCAGUCGUCUGCACAGAAUGUGUGCGCACCAAAAAAACAAGUCGAUAAAGUUGUGUAUGUAAAAAAUAAAUAUAUAUAAUAAUGAUGAA